UGCUAUUGAGAUCAACAACUCUGAUAUAAAUCUCCUAACUAUGCACAGAAAGGCACAAACAUAGAUGGGUGCUACUGCCUUCCUCUACCUCCUGCUGUCCCUCUGGGUUCAGGGUGCAACUGCGGCUGAUCUUGGCUUCACAAGAAGCGAUUUCCCACGGGAAUUCGUGUUUGGAGCUGGAACCUCGGCAUAUCAAUAUGAGGGUGCUGUUGCUGAGGAUGGCAGGAGUCCGAGCAGUUGGGACACUUUCACUCACGCAGGCAAAAUGGCAGACAAAAGCACGGGAGAUGUUGCUGCAGAUGGAUACCACAAAUACAUGGAGGAUGUCAAGCUCAUGUUUGAGACUGGCCUAGAGGCCUAUAGGUUCUCCAUCUCCUGGUCAAGGCUCAUUCCAAAUGGACGCGGAGCUGUCAAUCCCAAAGGGCUAGAGUAUUACAACAACCUCAUUGAUGAGCUAGUGAAUCAUGGAAUUCAAGUACACAUCACACUUCACCAUGUAGAUCUCCCUCAAAUUCUCGAAGACCAAUAUGGUGGAUGGUUAAGCCCCAAAAUUGUUGAAGAUUUCACAGCAUAUGCAGAUGUUUGCUUCAGGGAGUUUGGAAAUAGGGUUGCAUCCUGGACGACUAUCGAUGAGAUAAACAUCGGUGUAAUUGGCUCUUAUGAUAGUGCUCUAUUCCCUCCUGGCCGUUGCUCAGAUCCAUUCGGAGUGACAAAGUGCACCACUGGGGACUCUAGCAUCGAACCAUACAUAGCCGCUAAGAAUGCCCUUAUGGCGCAUGCAUCAGUUUUCAGCCUGUACAGAGAAAAGUAUCAACACAAGCAAAAAGGAAUCGUGGGAAUAAAUAUCUACUCCUACUGGAGUUAUCCACUGACAAAUGCGACGGUGGACCUAGAAGCAACUCAGAGAUGUAAAGAUUUCUUGUAUGGCUGGAUACUAGGGCCAUUGGUGUUUGGGGACUACCCACAAGUAAUGAAGAAGAAUGUCGGCUCUCGCCUUCCACCCUUCACAAAAGUUCAGUCUGAACUUAUCAAGGGUUCCUUAGAUUUCAUUGGAAUAAAUCACUAUUUUUCUGUCUACGUGAAUGAUCGUCCUCUAGAUACAGGUGUUCGAGACUAUAAGGCGGACAUGUCAGUUAAUUCAAGAGGUUCUAGGACCGACCCGCCAGCUGGUCAGGGUCCCCCAACAGACGCUCCAAGUGAUCCCAAAGGGUUGCAGCUUGCACUGGAGUACCUGAAAGAAACCUAUGGGAACCUUCCAAUCUAUGUCCAAGAGAAUGGUAUGGGAUCUGCCGACGACAGUCUAGAUGACACCGGCAGGAUCGGUUACCUGAGCAGCUACAUGGGGAGCACACUAAAGGCGAUGAGGAAUGGAGCCAACGUGCGAGGCUACUUCGCGUGGGCGUUCAUGGACCUGUUCGAGCUCCUGUCGGGGUACCAGUCGAGGUACGGGCUGUACCGGGUCAACUUCACCGACGAGAGGCGGCCGCGAGAAGCCAGGCUCUCGGCUCGCUGGUACUCCGGCUUCCUCAAGCACAACGGAACCACUGCGCUCGCGUCGAGAGCGCAGGUGAACCAGGCGCUGAACUUGGUGUCCUGACUACCCGCAAAAAAAAAAAAAAAAAAAAAAAAAAACUUGGUGUCCUGACUCCCGAGUCCAGUGUAACCGCGUAUGCGUGCGUGCGCGUGAGGUUUCGAUCAGAAACCGUGAUUCUCGGAUUACAUUAGUACUACUACCUCCGUUCACUUUUAUAAGUCGUUUCAGACAACUGAAAAUGACUACUUUGCACCAUGUUUGAAAUAUCUUCAAGCCUUAUAAAAGUGAACAGAAGGAAUACUAGACUAGAAACCAAUGCUGCUGUGACCACUACUAUCUUCUUAGUUACUGUAGUAUUUUCUUUUGAAAACCAUCACUUUCAGAGUAAGUUGAAGAAAUGAAAGGCUCGAAUUAUUAAGUUUCAUAUA